CAGCCCGGCAGGCGGGGAGGGCGCGGCGGCGGCGGCAGCGCGGAGACGGGCGCGGGCGGAGGACGCGGGCUGACUGUGCGCGCCGACCAUGGCCUCCAAGUGCCCCAAGUGCGACAAGACCGUGUACUUCGCUGAGAAGGUGAGCUCCCUGGGCAAGGACUGGCACAGAUUCUGCCUCAGGUGCGAACACUGCAGCAAGACGCUGACGCCCGGGGGCCAUGCCGAGCACGACGGGAAGCCCUUCUGCCACAAGCCCUGCUAUGCCACGCUGUUCGGACCCAAAGGGGUGAAUAUCGGUGGAGCCGGGUCCUACAUCUACGAGAAGCCCUCUGCAGAGAGACCUCAGGUCACUGGCCCCAUCGAGGUCCCCGUGGCCCGAGCUGAGGAGCGGAAGGCCGGCGGCCCCCCUAAGGGGCCCAGCAAAGGUGGGCUGGGCUCCUGUCUGGGGGAGGGCGGCACAGAGGCUCUGUUGGGGCCUGACACGUCCUCCCUCCCAGCCUCCAGCGUCACCACGUUCACCGGGGAGCCCAACAUGUGUCCUCGCUGCAACAAGAGGGUCUAUUUCGCCGAGAAAGUGACGUCUCUGGGCAAGGACUGGCACCGGCCGUGCCUGCGCUGCGAGCGCUGCGGGAAGACUCUCACCCCGGGCGGGCACGCGGAGCACGACGGCCAGCCCUACUGCCACAAGCCCUGCUACGGAAUACUCUUCGGACCCAAGGGAGUGAACACCGGAGCCGUGGGCAGCUACAUCUAUGACAAGGACCCCGAGGGCAAAGUUCAGCCCUAGGCCCCCAGCCCCCUCUGCGGGCCUCGGGCCCAUCCGCGCAGGCCCCUGGCCCAGGGCCCACCGCUUGGCUCUGUGGGGGAGCGGCCCCCGCCCAGUCCCAGCUCAGCACCCAUCCGUUGGCGGCGGCGGCGCCCGGGUGUGGAGAGGAGGAAGCCCGCUGCACCAACUCCAGGGCCUGCCCACCCACCCCUUUUCUCUGGGUGUGUCUGCCCUUGUGUCCCCAGCCGACCCUUACCCUCUUUUGUGUCCUCCCGGCCCCCCGUGUGCCCAUGUCUGCGUCUCCUGGCCCCACAUGCCCCCGUGUGUCCCUUGGUCCUGGGUGGGCCUUCCUGAGCGGGCCGCCCCACUCGCCCCUCCUGCUGCCCCGUUCCUGCCCCACAGUGUUAUUUAUGCCUCCCUGGCCGGUGACAGGCACGGUCUCGCCCCUCACAGUGUUCCCAAGUGGAGGGCGGCCUGCCUGGAGCCCUCUGCCCGUCUCCCACGCUGCCACGCCAGCACCCGCCCCUCACCCUCACAUGGUUCACACUCAGCUGCGGGACUUCUGCUGCCAAUAAAGGGUUUGAGGAUCGCA